UCAUUAAACAAAAUGUUGAAAAUAACAAUAAUGACGAUGAAAACGUUAUUGGUGAGUUGAAUAAAGAAGUAACAGAAGAAAAUAUUGCACCGGUAGAAAUUAAAGUUCAAGAAAUUGACGAGGAAAUUGAAGUUUCUGUUGUUAGUUUGACAGAAGAUGAGGAAAGAGAGGAAGGUAUUGUAGUUGAAUGGUUGUUGGGAACUUGUCUUACUUAUAAAAGUAUCAGAGACCCUGUAGAUUUAGUUCAAGAUGAAGGAAACAAUGUUGAAAGUGAUAGCGAUGAUGAUGUAUUUGUUGACCCUCAAGAAAUCGACUAUAUUGAUGAUAAUGUUACUAAUGGAAAUAACUCUAUAAAAACGGGAGCAUAA